AUGGCCGACCAAGAAGUUGACCUCGACUCCAUCAUUGACCGUCUGCUGGAGGUGAGGGGCAGCCGACCCGGCAAGCAGGUUCAGCUGUUGGAAUCAGAGAUCCGCUUUCUCUGCACAAAGGCUCGUGAGAUCUUUAUCUCUCAGCCUAUCCUUCUGGAACUUGAGGCUCCCAUCAAGAUCUGCGGUGAUAUCCACGGGCAAUACUACGACCUUUUGCGUUUGUUCGAAUACGGUGGCUUCCCUCCAGAGGCCAACUACCUCUUCCUCGGUGAUUAUGUCGACCGCGGUAAGCAGUCGCUUGAGACCAUCUGCCUGCUCUUGGCCUACAAGAUUAAAUACCCUGAAAACUUUUUUAUCCUGCGUGGUAACCACGAGUGCGCCUCCAUCAACCGUAUUUACGGUUUCUACGACGAGUGCAAGCGCCGCUACAACAUCAAGCUCUGGAAGACUUUCACUGACUGCUUCAACUGCCUGCCCAUUGCGGCAAUCAUUGAUGAGAAGAUUUUCACCAUGCACGGUGGACUGAGCCCCGAUCUGAACUCCAUGGAACAAAUCCGCCGAGUUAUGCGUCCCACUGAUAUUCCUGACUGCGGUCUUCUCUGCGAUCUUCUGUGGUCCGAUCCCGAUAAGGAUAUUACCGGCUGGAGCGAGAACGACCGAGGUGUCUCGUUCACAUUCGGACCCGAUGUGGUUUCUCGCUUCCUCCAGAAACACGAUAUGGACUUGAUAUGCCGUGCGCACCAGGUUGUGGAAGAUGGAUAUGAGUUCUUCUCCAAGCGCCAGCUCGUCACGCUUUUCAGUGCACCAAACUACUGUGGUGAAUUUGACAAUGCUGGUGCUAUGAUGAGCGUCGACGAGAGCUUGCUCUGCUCCUUCCAGAUUCUCAAACCUGCCGAGAAGAAACAAAAGUACGUUAGCGUUUACGGUGGCGCGCCGGUCACUCCUCCACGCAAGCAAAUGCAAAUGCAAAAGAAGAAGUAA